GCGACCUACUAGCUCGGCUGAUGAUCGGAUGGGAGAAUCAGAUGAUCCGCGACCUGAUCACAAGAUUGCAAAGUUAUGGGAAAAGAAUCGUUCUCAUGAGAAUAUAUAUCUCUACAAGCCGAAAUUUAUAAACUGUGAAACUAACAAUAGGGGGAUUGUUUAUGAUGGGGUUAACAGAGGGGUGAUAACUAUUAAUAAUUCCGUUUUACCAAAGAAAGUUGAGAAAAGAAAAUAUCCUUUUGGGAUGGAGCUGAAAGAAAGAAAAAAACAAGUAAAAAGACAAUCUCAAGAAGAAAGGUCCGCGGAUAACAUAGAUGAAAUUGAGGAUGAACCAGCUUUGGAACAGAAGUUAUCCGAUUUACCUGAAGAAACAACAAAAAAUGGUACAAUUGAUCUGAAUAGCCGAAGAGAAUCUACUAGCAAUUCGAUCACGAAUGAUAAUUUGUUAGAGGUUCAGAAGCAAACCAAUGAUGACGAUAAUGAAGGGAAUGAUCAUAAUAAUAAUUCAAAUAUUUCUUUGGUAGCUCAGACACAAACUGAAACUGCAACCACUGAUAACUAUGAUGAUGGCAAAAAGUUCGUGUCUUCGCUAGCACCGCGCAUUGAAAUCGGGUUGGGAGACUUUAUAAGUAACGAAGAGAGGUCGAAUGAUGAAUUAGAUGCGUACGUUAAUGAAACCAUCCAGGAUGGAAAUAAAUGGAUUGUGUGCGAAACCGAUGUACGUGACCUCUUGAUAAUAUGGAAACAGGAGAAACCGCGACCACGUACUGAUCUGGCAUUUUAUGAUAUUAUCGAUAUCACUCCGGGUUCAAAUAGUGAUUUUGUUCAAUCACUACCAAAUGAUGCAGUGCAAGAAAUGAAACAAUCAAAAACGUUUCCCACACCGAAUAUGGAUAAUGUGGAUGAAAUGAAAAACUAUAUUAUUGAUUUUAUUAAGACAGAUGAAUUCCGUAAUUUCGUGGACGAGAGUUAUUUGAAAACACGAGUCAAUAAUAAAACAAAAUUCGUAUGGGACUAUCUGAACAUUCUCGUCGAGUCGUUUGAACGAGACAACGACCUCACAAAUUACAAUUUGUCCGAACUUAGAUAUCGCGAAAUAUUUUUUACCCCUCUGAUCCGUAGUCUUUUCCGUUGCACCACCGGGAAAUGA